GAUCGCAAUCGUCUUCUGAUUUCGCAGACGAAAUCCCCUUCUUCUGCAGCUAAUCGCCUCGUCAAGGUAACUAAUCUCCCAUUGCAAUUCGUCGCCGAAUCGAGAGGGUUUGGGCGGGGGGUUUCGCGUCGCUCUCAAGAUGCAGAUCUUUGUGAAGACCCUGACUGGAAAGACCAUCACCUUGGAGGUUGAGUCCACGGACACAAUCGACAAUGUGAAGGCCAAGAUCCAGGACAAGGAGGGCAUCCCUCCAGACCAGCAGCGGCUCAUCUUUGCUGGGAAGCAGCUUGAGGACGGCCGCACCCUUGCUGACUACAACAUCCAAAAGGAGUCCACCCUCCACCUCGUCCUGCGCCUCCGCGGUGGCAUGCAGAUCUUUGUGAAGACACUCACUGGCAAGACCAUCACCCUGGAGGUCGAGUCAUCUGACACCAUUGACAAUGUUAAAGCCAAGAUCCAGGAUAAGGAGGGCAUUCCCCCGGAUCAGCAGCGCCUCAUCUUUGCUGGCAAGCAGCUUGAGGACGGCCGUACCCUUGCUGAUUACAACAUCCAGAAGGAGUCCACCCUCCACCUUGUGUUGCGCCUGCGUGGUGGUCUGUGACCAAGUUCUGGUGCAGCAUUAGCUCUGGUGUCAUUGUGCCAUGGUCAAAUUGGAGUUUUAGAUGAACAAAUAAGUACUUUGGGUCUUCGUGAUACACGCCAGUAUGUACAAGGCCAUGUGAGCCUUUUGGAUUGUGAUCACACUGUCUUUUAGACAAAUAUUAUGUUACUCAAUCUUAAUAUUCUCUGGUGAUGCUAUCUUUUUGUUUGUGUGUU